UCUUCUAUCUGCUGUCAAGUGUCAAACUCAACUCAAAUCUCAAAUUCUCGAACACAUUUAUUCGAUUUUUCCAGUUUAUCUUGGCUGGCCUUGUAUUGUUUCGUUUUCGUUUCUUAUUGCAUAAAACUCAAGAACUGUUAUUUAUUUCCCAUUAAAUAUAUUAUUCCAGUACAAAUAAUGGGCAAAACUGGUGUUGUUGCCUUCUUGAAAGACUUUUAUUAUGACCCUUUCAAAUGGUCAGUUGUGAAGAGUGUAGGUUUCUUCACAGUGGGUGUUGUGAUUGCAAGCGAGUGUACAGGCUUAGAAGUGAUGCCUGCAGUGCCACAAUAAAUUUAUUUCUUUUAUUUAUAAUUAAUUAAGAAAAUAUAAAAAUGAUUAAAUAUCUGUUUAUGUUAGUUAUUUCAAGUGUAGUUUGCAAAGAUGCAAUAAGACCUAAUUUUUUAAUCAUCCUUACCGAUGAUCAGGAUUCAACUCUGGGCGGAAUGAAUCCGAUGAAGAAUGUACAACAGUUCAUCGGUGAUAAAGGCGUCACGUUUAAAAAUGCCUACGUAACAUCGCCGAUCUGCUGCCCGAGCCGAGCGAGCUUUCUAACAGGCUUGUAUGUACACAACCAUCUCACAGUCAACAAUAGCCUCAGCGGAGGCUGCUACGGCCGUAUCUGGAAGAACAUUGAGUCUAGAACGUUCGCUACCACGCUUAGUGAUGCAGGGUACAAGACUUUUUAUGCUGGAAAGUACUUGAAUGAGUACGGGGUAAAGGCGGCGGGCGGGCCCGAACAAAUCCCACCCGGAUGGUCAGAGUGGCACGGUCUUGUUGGAAACUCAGUGUAUUACAACUACACUAUAUCUAAUAAUGGUGUACCCACACACUCCACAGAUCUCUACCUAACUGAUAUUAUUAGAGAUCUGAGUAUCAGCUACAUCGAGAACCAGACGGGAUCGGAGCCGUUCCUGAUGGUGCUAGCUCCGCCCGCGCCUCACCAGCCCUUCACCCCCGCGCCCAGACACAAGGGCGUCUUCGCCAAUGUCACCGCACAUCGCGCGCCUAACUUUAACAUAGCCGUCAAGGACCGACAUUGGUUGCUGUCAAUGCCGCCGUCCCCACUGCCGGACAACAUGUUGUCGGAGCUGGACCGAGUGUACCGCUCUCGCUGGGAGGCCCUGCUCAGUGUCGAUGAGCUCGUCUCUGACGUCAUCGAGGCCCUCGACACCAACUCCCUGCUCGAGCACACCUACGUCAUAUACACCUCGGAUAAUGGAUAUCACAUGGGACAAUACUCUCAAAUGUACGACAAAAGACAGCCCUACGAGUCCGAUAUAAAAGUACCAUUGAUUAUAAAAGGUCCAGGUAUCGAAGAGAAUACCACAAGUGAUCUGCCCGUCAUCAACAUAGAUUUGGCACCAACUAUAAUAUCCUUAGCUGGUCUACAACCAUCUAGAAUAAUGGACGGAAGACCUAUAGAGCUGAUUGGAAAUAAGACGAAAACAGAAAGAACGAUGCUAGUGGAGUAUUAUGGGGAAGCAAAAGAUGGUACAGUAGAUCCUGAUUGUCCUUGGAGCUAUGAUAAGGAUAAUCUUGCUCAAUGUUAUCCAGAAUACGCUUGCAAAUGCCAGGACGCGAGGAACAAUACGUUCGGUUGUCUUCGACACAUCGCUAAGAGGAUCAACAUGAAGUACUGUCUGUUUGCAGAUAAUCAGAGUUUUACAGAGAUGUACGAUCUGUUCACGGAUCCGUACGAGUUGACGAAUAUAGUGCAACAAGUGUUGCCCUCUGUGCGGCACUGGUACAAGCUGACGUUAGCCCGGAUGCUGGCCUGUAGGGGCAGCGAUCACUGCGACCAUCCGCUAGAAACUCCCCGUAUCGUAUUUUAAUAUUUUUGACAACCCUAGAGUGUAAAUUGUAGACAACUUCCAAAAGAGGGUAGUCACAAAACGCUUACUUGUCGUGUUUUGACAACCCUAAUGUGAAAAUUGUAGACAACUUCUUAAAGAGGGUAGUCACAAAACGCUUAAUUUUCGUGUUUUGACAACCCUAAUGUGUAAAUUGUAGACAACUUCUUAAAGAGGGUAGUCACAAAACGCUUACUUGUCGUGUUUUGACAACCCUAGAGUGUAAUAUGUA